GCAGCGCGGCGGCGACCAGCAGGGGCUCCACGGCCCUGCUUGGCCCUGCUCCUGCUGCUGCUGCUGCUGCUUCUGCUGGAGGGCCUAGACUCGGCAGGGACGUGGCGCGCCAGCGGGGCUGGCCUUGAGCGCGGGCCGGUGCGCUGCAUGCAACGAGGCGGGUGGCGGUGCAGUGCAUGUGUGGAGUGGCGCUGUGCACACGCCAGCAGCAGCAGCAGCAGCAGCAAUACACCAACAGCAGCCGAGCAGCAGCAGAAGCACCAUCGCAUGAGAAGCGGUGCGAGCGCGCGGCGUGUGUGCGUGCGCGCGAGCGAGCAGGCCGCCGCGCCACGCUGCCUCGAACGUAAGCCCAGGAGGAAGGAGGCCAAAUGAUCGUCUUCCUGUCAUUGUGCGAGUGAGCCUUACGGUGCGGCGGCGGCGGCAGCGGCGGCGGCACUUCACUGAGUUGGCGGCAGCGCGCUCCGGCCGGCACCUCCGCGCGGCUCGGGUUUGCUCCAAGCCUCCGCCAGCAGGACUGGAGGCGCCCGUGGGCGGGCGAGGGCGUGCGAGAGGUCGUGACACGGGCGGCGCAGAAGGGGAGGCGGGGGAGGCGGGCAGGCCCCCAGCAGUGGGGCUCCGCGGGUCACUACCACUGUCGCGACGUCAUCAACUCCCACUGCACUGCUGUGAGAACAUCUGACUCCCGAGUCAUGCUGCGGCGACAUGAGCCUUCCUUAGACUGAAGGAGGACGCAUCCGCGGCAGAGCGCCCGGGAGAGAAGUGACCUUUGGCGAGUUUUACACGUCUGUAAAUAAAUCUCCUGCAGUCUGCCGAGUCGUGCUUGUCGCGGUGAAGUGUCGGGUCGAGAUGAUGUGUUGUGGAUGCGCGAGACACUGAUAAUGCGGCGAGGUACGUGAUAGUGGCCAGUGACAGAAUAAGCACUGACAAAGCUGCACGCGGAAAACUUGUGCUUUGAUUUCACUGAUUAUGCAAGUGAUGCCCGGUGAAACUAACCCGUCAUAACAUGCGGAUGUGAGAGUGGAGAAGACCAUGUCCCGACUUGCUGCAUGGCACGCCUCCUCCCGCGUUUCCUGCAUGGCUGCCACGUGCCCCCUGCUCCUCCUCACACGCCAAACGCUGUUGACAACAUUUGCUCUUGUUAGCUCGCCUCUGUGGCCGCGACUUGGCCGGGACGCAGCGCCCCAUCUGUCAUGGUAGUUUAGAGACAUUUUCGGUGUGACGCCCCCGCCGUUUUACUGAGUGAUGUGCUCGUGUUGCUGUGAUGGUGUGUGAUGUGUAGUUCCUCUGUGGCGAUCUAGAGACACCAUACUGUUGAUGUUCAGUGCAGCUGACAGGAGGCAUCAGCUCGCUAGUGAUGUGAGAGGAAAUAUGCAGCAAGAGCUCACACAGUGUGGCAGUGAGUGAGUCGCUCCAGAUGGAAAUCAGAGUCAGGAAGGUCAAGAGAGUGACACCCGCAUAUCAUCCUCGCGUCAGAAAUAGGAGUGCGGAGACCAGGGUUAUCCCGGCGGUGCGCAAGGUUAUGUGAGGCUCCUGUGGGAGUGCUGGGCCUCCUGGUCGGAACAGCUCCGCCACAGCACCAGCCUCAGUCAGACCCCCGCCAGACAGACACGGGCCGGGCCACCUGAGCGUGCGAGCGAGCGAAGAAGGCAGACGAGGCGGCCCGCGGCGCAGCUCGAGGGGCGAGAGCCUUCAGGCACCGCUCUUCCAGGACUCGACUCGUCGCGCCGUUUCCUGGAGCCUGUGCGAACAACCCGCGAGUGUCAGUGUGUGUGUCGGGUGCUGUGGACAACACCAUCGCCGCCGCCCCCUCCUCCUCCUCCUCCUCCUCCUCCUCCUCCUCCUCCUCCUCUCUCCUCUCCUUCCUCCUCCUUCUACUGGUCCUCCUCCUCCUCCUCCUCCUGCCUUCUUGGAAAGCAUUUAUGCACCGUGCGGUCGAGAGCGCACGGAAGACUAUGGUAGAACAGCGCCAUGGCGGAGACGGGAGUGUGUGCGUCGACCGUAGCGCGCGUUGCGGCUUCGUCCAGGUGAAGUGCGCUUAUGUCACCUGAGCGAGGUGGCCAGCGGGUCGCAGUGUACACAGGGCUGGCAGCAAGUGCUCUUCGAAGACCCCACCCGGCCCACCCACCCACCCACCUUUUCCCCGCCCGCUCUUGCCCUCUCCCCCCUCCUCCCCGCCCCCCGCGCCCCUUUCUGGUGGGGUCCCAGCGCCAGGCGAGAUGAUCAGCGUCGGAUGCGGCUGAGACGUCCGAGGCAGUCCAGUGAACCGCUUGGCCGUCGGAGAACAAACAACAGCCGAUGAACCUUUGGAAGCCGGCCGCCCGCAAGUCAAAAAAAGUCAGCAGCGGCGCCAGCGAAGAGGCCGCGUGGGCGGGGCUGCCGGACGUGGUGGCCGACCUCUCGUUGGCCACGCCCCCCGCCCCCCCUGCGCCGACCACCAUGCUGGGCGCCCGCGACCAUCACUACGUCGACAUGGGCGAGGCUCGCGCCCGGCGCCGGGACGCCCGCCCCCCGCCCCCGCCCGUGACGCCGCAGGGCCUAGGCGCCGCGCCCGCGAUGGGAGCGGGCACGAACGGCGGCGGCGGGUGGCGGCACACGCCCUCGCACCCCUGGCCGUCGCCCCCGCCCGUCGAGCCCACUGGGGCCGGCAUGGGCGGCUCCGGCAUGGGCGUGUGUGGUGGCUCGUCGGGCGUGGCGGACGCCGAGGGCGCGCGCGUCAGGAGCAUUUCGAGCGACGGCCGUGGCCCGCCCGGCGCCGCAGGCGACCGCCGCGUCCGCUGCUCGUCCGCCACGCGCUCGCGCCAGCACCGACCACGCCCCCCGCCCGCCGACCGCCCCCCCGGCGGUGCCAGCGUGCCCUCGCCUGCGGCCCUCCCUCCAGCGGGCGGUGGGCACGGCGGCCAGCAGCCGUAUGGGUCCGGCGUCGCCCCCGCCCAGCCCGGCGCCGGCGUGGGCGCGGUGGGCGGCGUGCUGGCCCGCCUCGCCGGCUGCCACGAGGGCCUGGAGGGGCGCGAGCCGGAGGGCGGCGCCUACGGGUACCAGGUGCGCGACCUUGAGGCUCUCCUGACGCGGGCGUCGCCGGCGCGCCCCGCCAACCUGCCCAUGGUGCUGGCGUCGGCGACGCGCCUGCACAACAUGCGGCGCACGGCCGAGCCGCGCCCGCACAACCAGCCGCCCGUGCGCCCCUUCCUGCCGCUCGGCAUCAUCGUCAACGCCGUGUUCAAGACGCGAGACUGGCUGUACGUGCGGACAGCGCACGGCGCGGAGGGCUACGUGCCGUACCGGGUGUGUUUGCCGCUGGGCAUCCUGCCGCCCCCUCGCGAAGGCGGCGCGGCGCCCUCGGGUACGGCUGACGUGCCCGGCGUGGGCGUGUGGGAGAACCGGACGGACAUGUUUCAGGGUGCGAUGAGCCAGUUCUCGGCGGCGCCCGCGGUGGCCAGUGGCGCGAUGGGCGGCGUGAAUGCGGAGGGCGGCGGUGGACAAACGCGCGGGCGGUCCCGCGGCCGCCGACGCGCGCCCUGCGUGGAUUCGUCGAACCAGACGGACACCCAGAAGCUGCAGCCGGGCGCCCGCAGCGCGUCCGAGUCACGGGCGCCGCGCGAGACGCUCGACUCGCCGCCCGCCGCCGACCACGUGCUCGUGUAGAGGCUCGGGGGCAGGGCGGCGCCCACCGUGACGCUCCGUCGGCGAGAGAUGGGCUUUCUCUGGGUCAGUAACGAAGGUCGCUGAAGGCUGUGUGUGUGCGUGUUUUUGCCUCAUGACGGGCUUCCUCCUCCUCUUGGCCCUCUCUCUCUCGCUCUCGCCCUUGAGACGUCCUUGUGCUUGUGCUGUUUCAUAUUUAAGAGAUGUUGCGCCUAUGUGUGCAAAUGUGUGUGUGUGUGGAGAGAGAGAGAGAGAGAGAGAGAGAGAGAGAGAGAGAGAGAGAGAGAGAGACAGACAGACAGAGAGAGAGACAGAGAGAGAGUUAGAGAAAGAAAGAAAAUGUGAAUAGCUAUUCCUUAAUACUAAUAUACUGUGGCUGUUCGCCCCCAAACUAACACUUAUUAGCUACAAAUGCACACUGACAAUACCACAACUAUCCAAGCAUUAUUUAUGGCACUCAUCCAUAUCAGGAAACAUGUUUCAACGGAAGUAAAUAUUUACGUUCAUUUCUAUAUAUAUAAUUCACAACGGUAGCACUGAUUAAACUGCAUUUCAAAAAGAUAAUAGUUAUAUAUACACACAUACAUACAUUCACAUACAGACAUGUAACAACAAUUAAAAAAGAAAUUCUUUAUAUCCAGAUAUUCCCAAACGAAAAUUGAGGACGUUACGUCAACUUGCGGUUUACGGAAAGGUUCGUUUCAGAAACUAAAAAAUUUACUACAAAAGUUUGAUCCAAAGUACAAGUUUAAAAUGAUCUGUUUGUUACAACACCUAUCAGUGCAAUGCGACUGCUACAUCUCUAGAAAAGUCUGCGGCAAAAGAGAAACUCACAAAAAGAAACUUCUCCGAGAUAUUUAUAUAAACGGAGCAACAAAAUCAAUAGAAGAAGGAAAAAGUGACGGCUCGUAUUUCGUGUAGAAUCGCUUCCUUCCGGUGUUAUGUCCUUCGAUCUAUCUUCUCUCGUCUUUUUUUUUCUCUCUCUUCUCUUUUUCUUAAUUGUGCACGUUAUGCGCCUCGUGUUCCUACUUUAGCCUUCGACUACUACAGUUAGGCAGAAGCAAUGUGGUUAGUAGAGUAGUAAUAAGCGGUCGCGACAGGUCUCUCAUUCAUACAGCAAAUGGAAGGUGUCUGGGUUAUAAUGGCGGUGAUAACCCUGUCAAGUGAUUGCAUACUGGUCUUGAUGUGUUAAGGUUUUUGUUGCAUCCGGCCCCCUGCGGUCACCGUGAGCUCGAUCGUUAGGUGAGGAGGGCAGAGGGGGAGGGAGGGAGGGGAAGAGGGAGAGGGUGGAGGGGUUAGAGGAAGAGGGAAAAGGGGGAAGAUGGGGUGGGCAGAGGGAGAGGGAAGCGAGCUAAGAUGCCUUGUGUCGAGGGCGAUUUCGAAGCGUGUUGACAGACCUUUCAGAAUAAUUAGAAGGAAUGGGAGAUUCCCCUGGCAGAAGACCGUUCCUCCGGCGUCGAUCCGGUUCCUCGCGAAGGAGCAACGGGGCUAACGCAACAAGGGGCGAAGGUCGCAAUGGAGAAGUGUUUUGUCUCGGGCUCUCUUUCUGAUGCUGGUGCUGCCCUCCGCCUCCUUCUUCCCUUUUUCUACAUCGCCCUCUUCCUCGUCCCUCUCUUCCACGUCUUCGUCGUUCACUCCUUCCCUCCCACCUCCCUCCCCUCCUUGUCCGCGUUUUUCCUCUUCAGUUUCUCCCCUCCUCGCCAUCGUCCUCACCUUCUCCUCCGCCCCCUUCUCUCGUCCUCCUCGCCGUCGUCCUCCUCCGCCCCCUCCUUCAUCCUUCUCGCCGUCGUCAUCCCCCGCCCCUCCUUUGUCCUUUUCGUCGUCGUCCCCCCCCCCCCCGUCAUUUUCCUCCUUCCCCUCUUCAUCGUCGUCGUCGUGAGGUGAGACGCCCGUCGGAGUUCCGUCCCGUCGGUGUGGGCGAGCGAGGAGGGAGCGUAGGGAAGCGAGGCCGACUGACGGGGAUUUCUCGUCUCGGCGUCGAUCGGGUGUCUGGGUUUCACCGGAAAGUGUAACCGCUGAUCAAGGACCGUAAAAUCAAAUAUUAAUGACCGGGAGGAAAUAAACUUUAAGUAUCUCGUAGCAUAAUAACCGGGAGUCGAAUUUACCGUCUUUUAUAAUAACAUUCCGUGUAAGGAUCAUGUAGCCUUUGCGUGCGCUACACCAACUGCUCGACCAUAAAGAAGCGUGUUAACUCGUAUGUAAAAAGAAAAAAAAGAAAAAAAAUAACGAAGAAAAAAAUAGUCAGCCUCACAUAUCACAAAUACCAUCUCGUCAUGCGAAACAUUUUCCUCUUUCGCUUCGACUCGCGGACGAGAGAAGGAAAGCCGAGGCGAUGAGACGCGGAUGUGACAACGACUCCCUCCCACCCUACCUACCCCCACCCCACCCGAACCCCCACGAGGGAGCAUGGCAACGCGUAUCUGAUCGCGGCGAGCAAGCAGACCGAUCGCCACCGACGCGUAAAUCCGUCAUGGCGACCGAGACCAUGUGAUUAUUACUCGUUACAGUGACUUUUAAUAACCCUUAGGACUGUUCUUUGACAUCGUAGACUCCACAAUUUACCUAUAUUGUAACGACCGUUGAGCAAACUCGAGUCGAUAAGGGCAAUUUUGGACGAUCACUCCGUCCCCUUUGGAGAGCCACGGGCCAUCGCCUCUCCCAAGCACUGCGAUUCAGAGCGCUAAAUCUCAUUGCCAUUUCAUCAACUUGAUACAAUAAGCGGAGGCUAAUCAUAUGGAAUGUGAAGAUAGGGACCGGCAAUAAGUAUAAUCUGAAUGCUGCCGUGCAAUUAACUGAUACAAUAUUAUGGGUCGAGGAGGUGGAGGAGGA